AUGUCCGCUACCAACGGCGUCCCCAAGUCAGGAACUUUCCUGUUCACCUCCGAGUCUGUUGGCGAGGGUCACCCCGACAAGAUUGCCGAUCAGGUCUCUGAUGCCAUCCUCGAUGCCUGCUUGUCUGAGGACCCCCUCUCCAAGGUUGCUUGCGAGACCGCCACCAAGACCGGUAUGAUCAUGGUCUUUGGUGAAAUCACCACCGGCGCCAAGCUUGACUACCAGAAGAUUGUCCGAAACACCAUCAAGGACAUCGGCUACGAUGACUCCGACAAGGGUUUCGACUACAAGACGCUCAACCUGCUCGUUGCCAUUGAGCAGCAGUCCCCCGACAUUGCCCAGGGUCUGAAGCUCGACCAGGCCCUCGAGAGCCUCGGCGCCGGUGACCAGGGUAUCAUGUUCGGCUAUGCCACCGACGAGACCCCCGAGCUCUUCCCCCUCACCCUCCAGCUCGCCCACAAGCUCAACGCUGCCAUGUCUGCUGCCCGCCGUGACGGCUCCCUGCCCUGGCUGCGCCCCGACACCAAGACCCAGGUCACCGUCGAGUACAAGCACGACAACGGUGCCGUUGUCCCCAUCCGCGUCGACACCGUCGUCGUCUCUGCCCAGCACUCUGCCGACAUCACCACCGAGCAGCUCCGCAAGGAGAUCCUCGAGAAGAUCAUCAAGACCACCAUCCCUGCCAAGUACCUUGAUGACAAGACCAUCUACCACAUCCAGCCCUCUGGCCUCUUCAUCAUCGGUGGCCCCCAGGGUGACGCCGGUCUGACCGGUCGCAAGAUCAUUGUCGACACCUACGGUGGCUGGGGUGCCCACGGUGGUGGUGCCUUCUCCGGCAAGGACUUCUCCAAGGUCGACCGAUCUGCCGCCUACGUCGGCCGAUGGAUCGCCAAGUCCCUGGUCGCUGCUGGCCUCGCCCGCCGUGCCCUUGUCCAGCUCUCAUACGCCAUUGGUGUUGCCGAGCCCCUCUCCAUCUACGUCGACACCUACGGCACCUCUGACAAGUCUUCUGACGAGCUUGUCAAGAUCAUCCGUGACAACUUCGACCUCCGACCUGGUGUCAUUGUCCGCGAGCUGGACCUGACCCGCCCCAUCUACCUCCAGACUGCCAAGAACGGUCACUUCGGUACCAACCAGUCUUUCACCUGGGAGCAGCCCAAGCAGCUCAAGUUCUAA